GGCCGCCAGUGCAAGCCCGGAGGCGGGAGCCACCGGGCAGGGGGGCGGGGGUGAGCCCCGACGGCCAGCCCUUCAGCGCCGGGCUCAGACGGGCGGGAGCCAAGGCCCCGCUCGCUGCCCAUUGUCUUUGCGUGCCCCUGACCGGUGCGCCCUGGUGCCACAGUGCGCCCGGCGGCGGAGCAGCCUCCUCUCGUCACUCCAGCCGGUGCCGCAGCUAUAAGAGGCGGUGCCGCCCGCCCCGCCGCGGCUGCCUCGGCCCGCCAGCUGGGACCGCGAGCCAUGCUGCCCGCCGCCCGCCCCCGGGGCUGCUAGAGCCAGACUGCGAGCUCCACGGCCGCCGCCGCCGCCGCAUCCCGUCCCACCGUCGCGGGCAGCAGCCAGAGCCGCCCCAACUGCACCGCAGAGAGGGCCAGGCCGGGCAGGCCAUGGGGCACGGGGCGCUGCUGCCCGGCUGGGUUUCCGCUGCGCUGCUGCUGGCGCUGGCCGCGCUGCCCGCCGCUCUGGCCGCCAACAGCAGCGGCCGAUGGUGGGGCAUCGUGAACGUAGCCUCCUCCACGAACCUCCUGACCGACUCCAAGAGCCUGCAGCUGGUGCUGGAGCCCAGCCUGCAGCUGCUGAGCCGCAAGCAGCGGCGGCUGAUCCGCCAGAACCCGGGGAUCCUGCACAGCGUGAGUGGGGGGCUGCAGAGCGCCGUGCGCGAGUGCAAGUGGCAGUUCCGGAACCGCCGCUGGAACUGCCCCACAGCCUCGGGGCCCCACCUCUUCGGCAAGAUCGUCAACCGAGGCUGUCGGGAAACAGCGUUUAUCUUCGCCAUCACCUCCGCCGGCGUGACCCACUCGGUGGCUCGCUCCUGCUCCGAGGGCUCCAUAGAGUCCUGCACGUGCGACUACCGGCGGCGCGGCCCCGGCGGCCCCGACUGGCACUGGGGUGGCUGCAGCGACAACAUCGACUUCGGCCGCCUCUUCGGCCGCGAGUUUGUGGAUUCCGGGGAGAAGGGGCGGGACCUGCGCUUCCUCAUGAACCUUCACAACAACGAGGCGGGCCGCACGACCGUGUUCUCCGAGAUGCGCCAGGAGUGCAAGUGCCACGGCAUGUCGGGCUCGUGCACGGUGCGCACGUGCUGGAUGCGGCUGCCCACGCUGCGCGCCGUGGGCGACGUGCUGCGCGACCGCUUCGACGGCGCCUCGCGCGUCCUCUACGGCAACCGCGGCAGCAACCGCGCCUCGCGGGCCGAGCUGCUCCGCCUCGAGCCCGAGGACCCCGCGCACAAGCCGCCCUCGCCCCACGACCUCGUCUACUUCGAGAAAUCGCCCAACUUCUGCACGUACAGCGGGCGCCUGGGCACGGCCGGCACCGCGGGGCGCGCCUGCAACAGCUCAUCGCCCGCGCUGGACGGCUGCGAGCUGCUCUGCUGCGGCCGCGGCCACCGCACCCGCACGCAGCGCGUCACGGAGCGCUGCAACUGCACCUUCCACUGGUGCUGCCACGUCAGCUGCCGCAACUGCACGCACACGCGCGUCCUGCACGAGUGUCUGUGACGCGCUGCCUGGACUCGCCCGCGAGAGCAUGCUCCUCAAGCCCCUCCUCCUCCUCCCCCCGCAAUUCUCUGGCACCUAACACUCUGAUAACACACUCACCCCGUCUGCCCAUCCACAUCCCCGCGAUUCUUACGCAUCCUCCUCCUACCUGGGGACUGCUGAAACCACUUGCCUGGGGCGGUAGGAACCUUCUUGCCAUCCUGAUGGACCUGCCUUCACCUACCUCCCUCCCUCUCCGCGGGAGACCCCAUUGCACUGCCCCCCACCCCCAACCCUGCUUGGCUAGGAGGUGAGAGAAGGAUUCGUCCCCUCCCCCAUGGCGAGUCGGCUCCAGAUACCACUCCGCCGCUAUCGACCUCCCUGCCUCUCUCCCUCCCACUCGAACUCCGUUUUCUCCCAAUGCCUACCCGCCCCUGCCAAGGGUGCAGACCCUGAACACACACAUGGGCAUCAGGGCCUUUCUCCUCCCCACCUACCGCUGAAGCAGGAGGGGCCGGGUGAAAGAGCAGCUGCAGCUGUGGUGAUAUGGAAAAUGAAGUUGGGGGACCCAGCAGAAACACCCCCAUUCUUCCAGCCCCAGUGAUGGAGCCAUUGAACAGCUGUGAGCCAUGCCUCCCUCAGCCACCUCCUACACUUUCCUGUCCUGCCUCCUCAUCAGUGUGUAAAUAAUUUGCACUGAAACGUGGAUACAAAGCCACGCGUUUGGUUGUUGUAAAUAAAACUAUUUAUUGUGCUGGGUUCCAGCCUGGUUUGCAGAGACCACUUCCACCCCCAACCAAACCCCUCUCCACUCUUCUCUUCUAUUGCCCUUCAGCCUUUUCUGAUCCCUCUUCUCCUCUCCCCAAUUUUUCAAAGAUGCCUUUGCCUAACUGGAAUCAGCAUUUCCUUCCACUGUAGCUAUUAGUGGCUCCUCGCCCCCACCGAUACAGUAUCUAUCUUCCUCUGCAGAAUAAAAAUCUCUAUUUUUAUCAAUGACUUGGUAGCUUUUCCUUGAAACCAGAACACACCAUUGUUUACCUCUCUGAAACAAAUAGGAUAGGUUGUUGGAGGACUGGUUGUCAUGCCCUGCAAACGGACCCUGAGACCCUGACCCUUGGUUGACCCUAAUGAGGCCACUGGGGAUCCAGGUCUCCAGAAGAACCUGGUCAGAAGCCCAAAGGUCCUGCACGUUUCUUUUUCUUAUUCAAACACCAACUGGCAGUGUGAUGUUAUUGGCUGUGUGAGGUUGGAUGUGUGAGGUUGGAUGUGUGAUAUUGGACAAGUGCGUGAGGCCUCAGUUUCUUCCCUUGCGGAAUGGGAAUGAAACAAACUCAGAGCCUGCCUUUCCUGGCUGGAACAGUCGGUGUGAGAAUAGCUACAACUGCGAGAUAGCCAGGACUGCGUUCUGAAAAGAAACCAGAGAUACCCAAGGAAGGGCGCUGCUGCCUCUGGUGUGGAGUGGCUGGUCCCCGGAGCCUGUCUGCUCCAGCUGUGGUCAGGCAGUGGCAGUGAGGACUUGCAACACCGUAACCAAAAGGAAACCCAAGUGUGGCCAUAACCAAACCGUGAAGCUAACCAUUCCCAUAAAGAGCCCAUUGAGGAGUCCGAGCUAACGACACUGACACCUCUGUGCGCGCAUUCACGAGUUGGCUGGCGGAAGUACUAAUCCUGCCCGCAGCCCUAAACCUGUCUCUAACUCUAAUCCUCUCCCUAUGCCUAGGCCUAAGUGUAACCUUAGCCUUAACCCUAACUUCAAACAAUAACCCCUUCCUAAACUCUAAUGCCUGUCCCUAAUCCUAACACUUCCCCCCAGGGGGGGACUCGAAAGGCAGGCUCUCCACUCCCCCACCCCCCAAGGGCAACAUCUCACCACAGCCAAAUGGAGAAUUUCCCCUCUCCCCGGGACUCUUUUGCUGUGGUUGGUGCCUCCCACCUCUCCCUGGGUGUGUGAACUCUGACCCUGUUAGCCUUUGGGAUGUGUAGGGGGAGAGGAGUGGAGCCAGGAGCUGCUCAAUCCUGCAAUGCCACCCCUUUCCCUUUCCCUUCAUCUGCCAAGCUAGCACCAGCUCAGCUCUGUGGGCAGUCGGGGGAGGAAUAUUAUUGAUCUGGGGUAGGAGGCACCUGACAAGCCUUGGAUUUCCAGUAAAGAACCCCCUGCAGAGAAGCUAUUAGAUCCCUCAGCUUCUAAAGCUAGAAGUUAAUGGGCUGCCCGAGGCCGAGGCCCAGGGGGGCUCAGGCCCCUGAGGGACAAUGCCAGCGUCGGGGAGAAGCAGCAGGGUGGGGAACAGGAGGGUUGGCAGCUGGCCCCCACCACCCUCACCUGACUCCUGACUCCGAGACCUAGAUCAAUGACUGCUUUGGGCCCAGAUGCUGGACGGCUUUGGGCUGAGUGGACACACAGGAGCUGAAGAAGAGCAAGAGAAAGCCAUGAAUCCUGUUCUGAACUAGCUUUUCAACCGAUCUUUUUGGUUUUCUUCCCAGUCUUGGUUGCCUUAGCUAUUAAAUAGGGGUGGUUAUGGGCACUUAGACUUCUGUAGGAAGGGGAUGAGGUUCAGAGGAAAUCAUGUGCAUGAAAGCUCCGGUCAUUUGGACGCUUGCUGACACCUCUUCUGUGCCAGGCAUGUGCCCAGUGCUGGGGAUGCAGCC